AUGAUUGUCGCAUUAUCUACCGUCGUGAUCGUUCUGGCUCUGGUAGCGAUCGUGCGCUAUCGCCUUCAGUAUAAUACCAAACACCGUUCACCGGAGGCUACGCUAGAAGAUGUGAAAGCCCUGAACAUACGGCAUGAUGUCCACUCGGCAUUCAUGGCACUGAUCAAUGAUGAAGGUGCUGGGUCAUGGCCCCCAAGGGCUACUCAUGAUGCAUUUCCCGCGGCUCUGCGCAUCUACGGGCAGAUUUAUGCUGCCAUGGCACCAUUUCUUGCGAAUGCCAACCCAUCACUUGAUGAUGAGUGUAAUAAAGUCCGCUGUCAAGAGUUUCGCUCUCGCAUGCAAGCUUUGCUCGCAGAGAAGGUGGAUAUAAAGGCAGUUCGAAGUGCCCUGGAAACCGUUCAGUCCGGCAAUUGGGAUGACUUCCCUCGAGACGCUUACAAUGGAUUCUACUCUUGCAUUGCGUGCUUACGCCACGCUUAUCGAUUUGACAUCACAUCUCCAAGUGGGAAUAUUAUGGCAAACGCUGUUUAUAACCUGGACUCUCAUGGAAAGAUUGUAUAUCCAGUAAACGAAGGAAUGUCAGAUACGGUGAAAAGUACAGAGCUUGCCUGGAGUCGCAUAUUUUACGAUUCGGAGGUCAUGGCUAUUCCAGUCUAUUUCGCCAUGAUCCAAGCUAUUAUAGCCUUCGAACGGCGCGACAAGAAGUUAUGCCUUGCUCAUAUUGAGACAGCUUUGAUCAACCUCCGCAAGGUGAUGCAAAAUCUAUAUGUGAAGAUGAACGACCCCCACGUAUCACGCGCAAUAUGGGUGAGGCAUAUCUCGGGAAUUCACAGCUGGGGACUGACACUCGAAACGGACGAUCCCCCUGUCGAGUACGGAGGCCUAUCCGGAAGCCAGAUUCUGCUAUUCCUGGCAGUUGAUGCCUUUCUGGGAAUCGAUCGCUACCAUUCAGAUGAAGAACUGAAGAUGCAUAUCUCGAGAAAUAUGAGAGAUUUCUCUGCGACUAUCCGAAGAUAUUCUUUCCGGAAACUACUCUCGGAGAAGUCUGAGGACGAUAUUGCUAUAGGGAAAGCACUUGAGGGCAUGGUCAAGCAGCUACGAUCUUUCAGGGCUGUCCAUAAGAUCCGAGCAGUCCGUUAUCUCUCAGCACCUGCUCCUGAGCGAGUCCCCAUGACGGCGGCACUCUCUGUCCUUCCCAGUGAUGGGGAGAAAGCACAGGCCACCGACCCAUAUGGCUCUCUAGAUGGAAUGUUGGCCAAAAGACUGAAUGAGACCGUUUAA